AUGAGCGUCAACAAGGACGACAGCAAGCCUCGCGUUGCGGAUGAGAGCCGCUGCAUCAAGCUCGGCUGCACUACCAAACACGCUUCCCUUCCUCCUGAUCAUCAGACCCUCCACACAGACGACGAGAGGCCUCAAGCUGCAAACGAAAGCAGCUGGACCAACGUUGACCGUCCCAUCGACCACCCACCUGCCGCAAACGCAGCGACCUCUCCCGCUCAUCGUUUUUUGCGCCACUUCUGGGACAUUGUCUACAACCCAAGCAAGGCAGACGUCAACAUCGAUUAUCUGCUUGACAAAGCUUCCCCUUGGAACAGCUCGGCCAAUACAAUGGGCUUCGGACUGCCCGACAUGAUUGGUUAUGAGCGCAAGGAGACGGCCACCGACCUUCAGCCAAUCGAAAAGGAGUACAUCACGAAUGAGAUUGUCCGCUACAUGCGGGAAAAGGAGCUCGAAGGUUGUCGAUCUAUUGCUCCAUGCAUCUCCUUCAAAGGAACGAUCGUCGAAGUGUGCUGCAAGAACUAUGACGUUGCCGACAAGCUCUGGGAAUCGGCUCCCCACAUCAACGGUCUGAGAAUGUGGGUCGACUCCAAGGCAUUCAACAGCAACGACACCGCCGCGUACCGCUUUUACGGCUUACCUCAACACACUAUGAAAGCGUUCGAGCAAGAGGUCGAGGAGUAUGCAAAGGCAGUUCCGGACCACUUUGACAAGAGAAACAUGAUCGUCAUUGCGCAGUACUACACCUUGCAGGACGACUCGGCUGACGAGAGGAUCUUUACUGGAGACGCAUGCAUCUUCAUCGGUCUUCUCGAAAAGCUCAAAAGAGGCAAAAAUGACAUGCUUCCUCCUUUCCUUUCCGUCAAGCCCGAGAUGAUCGACUACGACUCCUAA